CACACAUUUGCGUAUAUAAGCAUGUUCGAUUUGUGAAAAUGGAUGCGAUGGAUGCGAGUUUCCUGGCGUUUCCUCGCAUAAGCUCGUACCACGCGCUGCGUACGUAUUACCGUGCUUAGUGAAUAUUAUCAUAAUUAUUUUUGUUCUUGAGUCAUGCGUAUUGAUUGAACGGUAAUACAUGUAAUAAACACGUUUGUCUAAUCGCGCAUCUAAGAAUAUCCCGAAAGUACGUAGAAGUGAAAUAGUCACAGUAUUGUCUAUAGAGGUUUAUUGGAAUUUUCCAAUGAAUGCAGUACUACACGAGACGAAAGUAGUACUGAUUUAAUGAGGACACACUAAACGUUUGUUAUUCAUCGUAAAAAAAGAAGGAAAAUAUAGGAAUAAUUUUAUCAAGGAAGACAAAGAAAAACAAUCAAGGUGUUUGCUAUGACAUAUAUAUGAAUUGUCGCAAUAUUAUAAUACACAAUACGAUAUUUGCAAGGAAUUCACAAAUAUCAAGUGCAUGUGAACAAUUCAGUGACUAUUAGCCAAUUUAGUUUUAAAAAUAAGACAGUAUAAUGUUGACUUCUGUGCCUAUGGCACCGUCUACCUCUGUGAGCAGUUCUGGGCUACCAAGUCCAACUACUGAUACAGUCGAUGACAUUUCAAACAAAUUAACUGCAUAUCUACAUCAAUUAGCUGGAAAUUAUGAGAUGGAGGUUGAUGUAAUAUAUAAAGAUCAUUGUUAUGCCAGACCUUGGAAUUGGAAGCCAGAGAACAAUUAUGUAAAACCUAUUAAAAAACUGUUUUUCUCGAAAAGCAGUGCGAGUGAUAAGCAUAGGAAGGAUGAAGAAAUUGAUGUGGAAAAUAUUGUCAACGAAUCGUUGCCGUUGCCUUUCGAUUUAACUAGAGUUCGACACAUGAUGGACGAGUUUGAACGUUUAGCGAGUUUCGCGCGACCAGAGGAAGAGGAAGAAGAUUGGGAGGAGAAGAUAGAAAAAACUUUAUGGUCUCCGAUCCAGAAUCGAAUAUUUACCAAAGUGACACGGAUAUUGAGCUCAGAGAGGCUCGCAAGAUUAGCCAAGGCUAAGAGCAUGACGGAACCUAUCUUUCGAAGAACAUCGGUGGAUAUUGCAGCGAGAAGAUUUCGGGAAACGUUAGCCUCAACUGGGUGGGAUUGGAGACUGGCCCAAUGGUUGCACAAUUUAUUAUUCGAACAUUUGCCCCAAGAAUAUUUAGCCAUCUACCUCGAUAUCCUACAGGCCUUAAAACUAAAAAUUCCUCAGCUGAUCGAUAAGAUGAUCGCUGUGCAACCUAAUAUAAGUGCUAAAGGAGGUUCGAUAACGUGGGAGACGCUUGGAUCACUCUUAAAACGAUCUUGGGAUCCAGUUGCACAGAAUUUGAGUGGAAACAGACUUAAGAAAUUGCCCGGAAAUCCAAUCUUAAUAAUAGUACCUUCUGGCAUCGCAUCGACCGUCUCCUCUCGUCAACACAAGUGGAUCACGCAGUUAGGAUCGUUAGGCAUGGUCGCUACAGUUCAUACACAUAUGGGUCUGGCGGCCAAUAGAAUGACUAUGAUGGUGUGCAUGGAUCAAUUGGUUCAGGCUACAAGAGCCAAGAUACAAGACGUUAGAAACGAUUGUCCUGGUAGGCCAAUUAUACUCGUGGGUUUUAACGCUGGUGCGGCGCUUGCUUGUCAGGUAGCCCAGAUGGAACACAUAACUGCUGUUAUCUGCAUUGGAUUUCCUUUUACAACAGUUGAGGGAAAACGGGGCACGCCCGACGAUAUGUUAAUGGACAUUCGUUGUCCCGUCAUGUUUAUCAUUGGGCAAAACGCUACCCUUGUUAGACCAGACGACUUGGAGGAACUCCGCGAGAAGAUGAUGGUCGAGACGAGUUUGGUGGUCGUGGGUACGGCCGACGAUUAUCUUAGAAUAUCCACAUCCAAGAAGAUACUCGAAGGCAUCACUCAAAGCAUGGUAGACAGAUGCGUGUUGGAUGAAAUUGGAGAUUUUAUCGGCAGCAUUUUGUUGCAACCCCAUCCGUUGCCAUUGCGACCGACAAUGGCAACAAACUAUGACAACAAGAAUAAAAAGGACUCUCAUAAACGACGAAACUCAACCAGCAGUUCCGUAGAGAGCGAACCUAACUCGCCGACCGUGAAGAAAUCUCGGCCAAGUACGCCAGUGUCUUCUGCAGUAUCGAUCGGGACGAACGUAGCGUCAAGUUCAACUCCCAAAAUCGGUACGUUUAGUACCCAGUCCAAUUUGAUGCAAGCAGGUGGACAACACACGAAUCAUUCUCCCACCGUAAAACGGAAACGACCCGCAAACAAUCAGAGAAAUCAAUUCUCAGAACUGAAGAACACUAGGUCUCCUGGACAGCCAAACAUUAAUUCGGAAAAUGGCAUAACGCUCAAUAUUGGCACACUAGCAAGUUUGGCGCCGAUAGGCCCAAUACGUUUAGCACCUACUACAGUGAGUCAAUCCACGACCACUUCCUCCAAAACGUCCUCUAGCGCAUCUAAAUCUUCGACAGCUAAACCGAAGAUCAUUUCAAAUGUGUCACUGCCAAAUGUUUCAAAGAUAAAAACGAUAGUAUCAAAGUCUUAUUCAAAUGUGAUCGCAAAUAAUUAUAGACAAGGCAAUUUAUCUGACAAAAGUGGGGACACGAAAUUGGUAAACGUUUUUACCACGGGAAAUCAGAUUAGGGUUAAUGCAACUCCCGCAGCGGGAAAUAGUAAGCCUACGGCAACAAGUGGUACAUUGUCGAAUCUUUUGCAAAGCGGAAAGACCUCUAUCGCGCUUGCGAGUGGUGUAUCCUCCGUCCGUACAUCGUCGGCUUCCAGUAUCCUAUUAACGACCACCAAUUCAUCAGCGAAUACCGUAACAUCGUCUGCAUCGACCUCUUCAAAAGCGACGGAAGAAAUGGGAGUGAGCAGUGAUGUUCACUUAUUGGAUGUAUCCAAGUCGGCACACUUACCACGACAAGGAGCUGUAUCCAAUAGCACUGAUAACUCUCAUAAUACAUCGUGCGGUAACAUAGUCAUUGUCGAGAAUUCCCUUCACAACAGAAGUGCGCCUUCGUCGGUGAUAGUCCCAUUUAGCAGUCAAAGCUCCAGUUUUCUGCCGCUGUCCAACAAAUUGAAAAUUUCUCAGAAAUCGAUGAAGACGAUGCCGAAAAUUACAGUUAACACCAAUAACUUGCAGAAACUUCAAAAAGGGAAGCCCCAAAACGUCCAGAAGAGAAACGUUGCAAAUGAUAUAGAUGACGAUCUAGGUAAUAUAUUAGAUAUACCGAUUAUAUUUGCCAAGGACGACGACAAUUUGAGCAACAUGAAUAAGAUGCCGGUGAUGACGCAAGCGACACUAGCCAAGGAGUCUCAGGAGAAACCAAAAUUGAACAACACCACCAAGGUAGUCUUAAUCAGCAACAAACAAGACAAGCUGCCGAGUAAACUCGGAGCGGCUCCCACGCAAGCCGUUAUAUGUCCCAAUAUGCCUGUGCAAAACUUGAAUCAAUUGAUACUGCAGACGCGAUCGCAGAACAGCGGCGCUUCGGCAAAGAAUAGAAUCGGAAUGCCGCUGGAAAAUCGAUUGGUACAACCUACCGUGAAAUACACAAAGAUCAUACUGGCGAAAAGAAACUCGCAAUCCACUCAGCAGAACGAGAGAAGUGAACAGACGGUUGCGAUCAAGAAAGUGGAAGAUAUAAACGCACCUAAAAUUCUGACUUUUGAAAAAAAUGAGCACAGAUUCGUGCAAGCGCAAUCCACAUCAACGAAUUACGAUCAUCAAAUUGAUAACAUGCUCGAGAUUGAGGACGCCAUUAAAACGAAUAUCAUCGAACGCAAAUACAUGCCCGCACCUGCAGUCGACGAGAUGCCAUCCGCAACUCUCGACGACUGUGAUAUUUUCAACGAGACUAAACUGGACGAGAUCGAACGUGAUUCGGAACAAUCUGUUUUCGGCAAUGUUGAUGAAGUGCAAACGUAGAAUAGUAUGUUUAGUUGCUAUACAUAGUUGCUUUGUAAAACAUGAUAUAAUUGCUUGAUGAUAAUUUUGAUUAUACAAUAUUCAAGAAGA